UUAGUGACAGUGCAUACUGUGAGGCGUGUAGAGUCGCUUCUGUCUUCAGGCACAGCAGAGGGCGGCCGCAAUAGUACGCUCGGGGUGGUGGUCCCCGGACCACGCGGUGGGCGGAGCCAGCGGCGACGGCCUCCCUUCCCCUCCGGAUGCAGGCCGGAAGUACGUGAGGGGAGAUUUCCGGCCACUGCGUUGUAGUCGGCCCGGCUGCAAAGCGUUUUUCUGGAGGCUGAUUUCCCAGGUUCUCUCGGCCUGUACCUCGCGCACUCCUCUUGCUCCAGGUCCUUCAGUCUCCGCUCGUCUCACCAUAGGCUGUGACGACAUGAGCAACAAAGAAGGAUCAGGAGGGUUCAGGAAAAGGAAGCAUGACAAUUUCCCACAUAACCAAAGAAGAGAAGGGAAGGAUGUUAAUUCAUCAUCACCCGUGAUGUUGGCCUUUAAAUCAUUUCAGCAGGAACUUGAUGCAAGGCAUGACAAAUACGAGAGACUUGUGAAACUUAGUCGGGAUAUAACUGUUGAAAGUAAAAGGACAAUUUUUCUCCUCCAUAGGAUUACAAGUGCUCCUGAUAUGGAAGAUAUAUUGACUGAAUCAGAAAUUAAAUUGGAUGGUGUCAGACAAAAGAUAUUCCAGGUAGCCCAAGAGCUAUCAGGGGAAGAUAUGCAUCAGUUCCAUCGAGCCAUUACUACAGGACUACAGGAAUAUGUGGAAGCUGUCUCUUUUCAACACUUCAUCAAAACACGAUCAUUAAUUAGUAUGGAUGAAAUUAAUAAACAAUUGAUAUUUACGACUGAAGACAAUGGGAAAGAAAAUAAAACUCCUUCCUCUGAUGCACAGGAUAAGCAGUUUGGUACUUGGAGACUGAGAGUCACACCUGUCGAUUACCUUCUGGGAGUGGCUGACUUAACUGGAGAAUUGAUGCGGAUGUGUAUUAACAGUGUGGGGAAUGGGGACAUUGACACCCCCUUUGAAGUGAGCCAGUUUUUACGUCAGGUUUAUGAUGGGUUUUCAUUCAUUGGCAACACUGGACCUUACGAGGUUUCUAAGAAGCUGUAUACCUUGAAACAAAGUUUGGCCAAAGUGGAGAAUGCUUGUUAUGCCUUGAAAGUCAGAGGGUCAGAAAUUCCAAAACAUAUGUUGGCAGAUGUGUUUUCAGUUAAAACAGAAAUGAUAGAUCAAGAAGAGGGCAUUUCUUAGAAUCUAACAUUACUCAGUUACUAAAUCUUUUGAGAACUCCUAAGAGACCAAUUUGUAAGACUUAUUUAGUAUUUCAUUUGACUUUAUUGUGGCUUUUACAUAGAAACAUAUUCAGUUGUACUUGUUUUAAAUUGUGUAUACAAGCUGUAUAUAAAAUUAGCCAAACGAAUCAUUUCUUAUAUCUUAUUCAUGAAAGUUUGCAUACAGAUGUUUGCAUAUAUGUCUUUUUGAAUUUUUGCUGGUUAACCUUUAUCAUUUAUCUUUGUAAUGUGAACAUGCUUCAGAGUGUACUUUUUGCCAUAACCUAUUUUAAUUUACUUUUUCUGAAGUUUGGAGUGAUAAUUUUUAGUGGAAGCAAUUUGUAAUUUAAGUUGGUGAUUUUAUUAUAUGUAGAAAAGAUUUUUUAGUUAAACUUCUGGACUUGAGCGUCCUGUUUAAAUUUCUUGUGAAUAUUGUGCCAAGCCUCAAAAAUAGGCUUAUUCCAUGGAACAAGAAUUAAAAAUGAAUAAGCUAUCAGUAUAUAAUUUAAGUACAAGUUUAGGCUGGGCGUGGUGGCUCACGCCUGUAAUUCCAGCACUUUGGGAGGCCGAGGUAGGCAGAUCACGAGGUCAAGAGAUCAAGACCAGCCUGACCAACAUGGCAAAACCUCAUCUCUACUAAAAAUACAAAAAUUAGCUGAAUGUGGUGGCAUGUGCCUGUAAUCCCAGCUACUUGGGAGGCUGAGGCAGGAGAAUCGCUUGAAUCCGGGAGGCAGAGGCUGCAGUGAGCCGAGAUUGUGCCACUGCACUCCAGCCUGGGUAACAGAGCAAGACUCCAUCUCAAAAAAAAAAAAAAGAAAAAGAAAAAAAGUACAAGUUUAUGAAGUAUUAUAGUGAAAAAUUCACAUUCUGGCUGAUUUUAGGCCAUUUAAAAUUUAUAUAAAACAACCUUCCAUAAAAAUUUGACAGGUGCCCAGAUGUUACUUUCUCCAUUUAUUUUUUGUUAUUUUUUUUAAUCACAGAAGGUCUGAUAGAGAAUUGGAGCUAAAUUAUAAUAUUUUUGUUGGUAAAGUUGAAUUAUAUACUUGUACAUACAAUGGAAAUGCUUUUAGUAGUGAUUAUUUAGCAAUUUUUGUUUUUGUUAUAUUAGGCAUGUUUGGAGGCUUUCCUAUUCUAGCAUUUAAAUUUCAAUUUUAUUAAAAUUAAAUAAUUUAAAUCUAGCAUUUAAAUUUAAAUAAUUUAAGUGUAGCAUUUACAUUUAAAUAAUUAUAAUGAAGUUUUGAAAUACUAAGUUAAUCCAGACCUUUAGUUGUCCCAUGGUGUUAAUAAAGUUGCCAAAGAAAAUGUAUUCUGAACAAUUCAGCAAUAAGACAAUUGUCAACACAGUUGAGAAUAACAAUGGUAAUCGUUAGUAAUAUUUAGAAUUGGAAUUUGCCUACUGAAAUAGUUAUAGAUGAUUACUUGUGAUGUGAAACUGAAUUGAGCAUGACAACCAGACAUUUCCAGUUGGUUUUGUAAGUUUUGAGAAUCUAGAUACUGGGUUUUAUUUUUUGAAAGAUUAGCUCUGUUUUGUAAGGGCUGAUUCCUUGAAAAUGUAAUUUUCCAGAAAAACACCUAAAGAAAAUAAAACAUGGACAUGCCUAGUAAA